UUAACCGAGACAUAUUUUUUUCAAACUUAGAUCUAAUUGAUAAUCAUGUAUUAUGAUAGAUAUAUUUAAAUGAAUAAUUUAAGUUUGACGGAUCGCAUUAAUGAUAAAAUUUCAUUACCCUCUUGUUACAAUGCCAGGGUAUAGGGUGCCAUACUCUUCUUGAAUAAUGAAAAUCAUGUUUGACUGGGACACGUGGAAAACUACGCGUUGCUAGUCGACCGACAGAUCCCUUAGCAUUCGUAUGUGUUUUUGCUUUAUCGUGAAAUCUUUCUCAUUAUGGAUACUCAUUAUGGAUAGUUAUAAUGGGGAGAAACUGCUGAAAUAACCACCGGUUAUAAAGUUUUUCACAAAAAAUGGUGUAACUUGGAAGACAUAAAAAUGGCACAGAUGAACGCAACAACGUUAAAGUCCUGGUUGCUACGAGGAGAACUUGAGAAACUGGAACAUGUCGUUCUAGAAGGACGUGGGGCACGGCUGUUGGGCGAGCAUUCUCCGGAUCUCAGAACUAGAGUCUUCCUGAAAGGACUCCCAAAUUACUUGACGAAAAUCUCUCACGUUCACGACGCGGUUUCACGUGGUUCUCUAGCGGAAGUGCAGAAACUUAUAUCGGAAGAACCUAAAAAGAAACUGGCCAUUGCGAAAGAUUCAGCUGGCACUCCGUUGCUUCACAAAGCAGUGUAUCACGAUCGUCAAGAUAUCGUCGAGUGGCUUGUGCAAAAUUUUCCCAUCGCCGUUCAGCAGAAAGACAGAGAAGGAAGAAUCGCGUUACAUUAUUGUGCUGCUUGCAAGGAUCCUGACCCGAUUUGGGAUGUCCUCAUAGAAAACGACAGUGACGCGAGCAUCAUCGACAAAAAGGGCAAUUCGGCAGCAUAUUAUUUGGAACAUAGUUCGGAGCUCGAGCUACCGGAAGCGGAGAACAUGUCCCGCCGGAAGACCAGCUUUGGCAAGGAACUAUUGGACUUUAAACCUUCCAACAUAAGAAUAUGGAUUCACAAUCGGGAUAUAGGGAAACUCCAGCAAGUUUUAUGGGAAGGCCACGGAAACAAAUUACGUAUGGAAACCAGCAACAAUCCACGAGUAAAAAGAUUUUUAGAAGCUGUACCGUUCAUAAUGAGUACGGUAAAGGACGUUCACGCAGCUGCAACAAACAACGAUUUGAAGGGACUGAGGAACAAAAUCGAAGCCACAUCACCAAUCAUUCUUUGCGCUAAAGAUUGCAAUGGUCUAAAUGUCUUGCACAAGGCUGCUGGUUUGGGUUACACGGAAAUCGCAAGAGAAAUUCUCGCAAAAUAUCCCUCUGUUGUGGAGGCUCAAGACAACGAAGGGAAGACACCAUUGCAUUAUGCAGCUGCAGCGAAGGACGAUGGAACUUUGUAUAAUUUAAUAACGGAAUACGGGGCCGACGAAAGCAAACUGGAUCACAAACAAAAAGCGCCGGCGUUUUACAAAAAUCGACCAUCAGACGUCGACCAGUCGCUGUUAACUGUGAUACCGGAAGCUCCUCGAGUUGCGGGAACAUCGUACCCCAAACACUGGGACUGGAGGAUUCUAGAAGCGGAGGAUGCUAUAUCCAGAGGAAUGAAAAAGGUCAGCAGUGCGGACAUUGACAGUGCGUUUGGCAGUGCGGAAUCGACAACGAAAAAUUUCAGUAGAUCUAUGGAGCAGAUAAAAAAUAUUGAGGAAGAUUGUGACAAGGAGGAAAACGCGGGAGAGGAAGAGAACGCGGAAAAUACAGAGGACACAGGCGACGGAGAGAACGCAGAACCUACCGAAGACACUGAAAAUAAAGAAAAUACCGAGAAUACUGAAGAUACCGAAAACGUAGAGGCAGCGGAGGACGCAGAGAAUUCAGAAGAGUCGAAAGAACCAGAAACCACGGAAAAUAAGGAAGAAGACGAGGCGGAGGAAGAAAAGGUUGAAGAUACGGAAGAAAGGUCUUCGGACGACGACGUGGUAACAGGUGCAGCAAUCCCAGAAACCGAGGAAAAUCCCACCCCAGAGGACGAAGCUGAAGGAGAGAAGCCAGAGGACACGGAAGAUGAGGACAAAUUGAAAGAAGAAGAAAAAGAAAAAGAAGAAGAAGAAGAAGAAGAGGAAAAAGAAGAAGGAGGAGGAGAAGAGGAAAAAGAAGAAGCAGGAGAAGAAGAAGGAGAAGGAGAAAAAGAGAAAGAAGAGUCAGCAGACGCGGAAGACACCAGCAAGCAGGAGGAGGAGGAAAGCAAAGUGGAGCAAGAAGAACGAAACGAGCCGAGUACAGGCGAUUCUGGAGUCGAUGAUCCAGGGAACGACGAAGAUCAGGUGAUCGUCGGCGAACACGAGGAGCUUCCGGAGGCAGAACUAAAUGAGGGCAGCAUGACGGCGGACCCGGAAAUCGAAAAACUAGUGGAGAACGGUAACAUGGAGCAAUUGGCCUCGUUAGUGCUGAAUGGCGAGGGCAGAAGACUGGUCGGCCGACAUUCGAAGAAUCCAGAGUUGCAGGCAUUCAUCGAUCGUGUCCCAUCGUAUAUGGGGAAAAUUCAUGCGGUGCAUAUGGCAGCGCGGGAAGGGAAUCUGAGAGAUCUGCAGAGUGCCUUGGACCGUCGCAAAUUUGCGGUUGCGAGAGAUGGAUCAUCGCCACACGGCGCGACGCCUCUUCACGUUGCUGUCAUAUUUGGAAACACCACUAUUAUUAGAUAUCUAGCAGGCAGGUUUCCAGAAACGACACAUGCAAUCGAUCUCGAUGGGCGAACUCCUCUACACUAUGCGGCCACCCUCGCAGAUAAUGGCCAUUACUACAACCUUCUACUUCAUUUGGGUGCCAAUCCUUUAGUUCAAGACAACUCUGGUGAAAAGGCGGAGUAUUACAAGCAAAAUCAAUCCGAUUUCUCCCACAAAUCACUCCUCCGUGAUUUCGGAGCUAACGAGCAACUCGCCGACGAGAUGUUGACGGACAAAGACGACAGUCAGAUUGAUAUACCGAUAUUUCGAGAAGAAGAGGGUCGCUACUUGGCAUCGUCACUCGGCGAUCCAUUGAUAAGAGGUUUGACGGAAGUUGCCAAUACUCGUCCAAAGGAUCCAGUUACUUAUCUGGCUACUUAUUUAUAUAACUUUGCCAAUAAGAGCAAAAACAACGAAGAGCAGGAACCUAACGUAUUGAUUAUUCCUGAUCGGCCCGAGGAGAACAUAGAAAAUAUCGAGAACGACAAUGGAGAUGAGGAUGCUGGUUAUCCACGAUCUCCAAUUUCCGACGUGCCAGAAUCAGCUUUUAGCAAUCCCAACAGAGAUGAACAUGGUCAGAGCGUUAUUCACUUCGCUGCCAUUCGAUCAUAUCCAAAAGACGGUCUGUUCCAUUUGCUUCAAGAAAGCCAAGUUAACGUUGGCUUCAGAGACGAGUUAUAUAGAACAGCUAGAGACGUGGCUGAAUUGGCAAAUAUUAGAGAAAAUAUCGACGAAAUUGAUCGAUACGUAGCUUAUUUGGCAGCAAGAGGUGAAACUGAAAAAUUGGUAGAACUAUUAUUGGAAGGGUACGAUCAUAUUUUGGACGUGGAAGACGAAGGUGCGAACAUCGUGGACAUCGCUGCGGAACGAGGAAAGGAGGCAACCGUUCAAUUUCUUCAAUCUAUUCCAAAUUAUGUGACACAACGCGAAGAAGUGCACCAGGAAAUCAGAACGGGCAAUGUAGCGAAAGUGAAGGAAUUGUUAAAUAAAAACAACGGGGGAGGAAAGUUGUUAGCAAUGGGAAAGAAUUCGAUGAGCAGAUGCGCUCUUCACAUUGCCGUGCUUCGUGAAAACGUAGAGAUGGUUCGGUACAUUGCGAAAACGUACCCAGAAACUUUACGUAUAGGUGACAAUUUGGAGAGAACUGCGUUACAUUAUGCAAUGGGUUUACCAUCAGUCGAAGAAUUAAGCAACAUACUUAUCAAAGCGGGUGCAAAACGAAUAAUCAAAGAUUUAAAAUCGCGGCAACCAUCCUACUACUUCAUGAACAAAUCAGAUAUAGAGAGACUUCAAGAGGAAGAGGAAAGUCUGGCCAAGUAGAACGAUGCUAAUGCAAUGCUAUUGUUCACGUACACCUCUGAAUACUCGUGUGCACAAAUGUGACAUACAAGUUACGAUUAUGAAUGUAAUGACUCAACGUCAUGUAAUAUACGGUACAAUACCCAUACUAUUAAUGAUACAAAUAAUAAGAAUAUAAUUCAGUUUUUCCGUA